AUGGAAAAAUACUCGGAUUGGAGAGAUAAAGGUACAGGUAUUGCUCCCUUCUUACCACCUGUAACUAAAAAAUACAGUACUUUCUCCAUAAUAAUUAAAUCUCUUAUCUUAUUGGUAAAAAUUACAAUCUUACUACCGUUAAUAUUAUUGAACAUUAUAUUACAGAAUGCCAAAAUCAAUAACCUUAUUUUGAAGUUCUUAUUUGGAUAUAAUCUUACUGUUACUAUAAAGGGGGUUAAAAGACGAGAAAUAAAUGCCAAACAGCAUUAUCCUCAAUUGAAUAGGUUAUACAUUUGCAACAGCACUUCUCCUCUAGACACUAUGAUACUAGAUUCUUUAUCCCAAGGCCCGUCUGCUUUUAUUGUUCCCGUUCAUAAUAUCUUCUAUAAAAUGAACAGUGCUGAGUAUAGAAAGUUUGCAUUAUCAGGUUCAUUAGAUGCUAAACAGUUUGGCCAUAAAAUUCAACAUUUUAUUCAAUUGAAAGGACAUGUAUGCUAUUUAUUUGCAGAGGGGACAUUGUCUAAUGGUAAAAGUAUAUUGCCGUUUGAGGUGAAUAUUACUACUCUAUUAGAAUUUUUUGAGCUGAACGUAAAGAACGAUAGUCUGCCUGUUUUGCAAACAAUUCACAUUAAAGUAGGGAACUCACUAACUACUCCUUUACCUGUUUCCCAAUACACUUAUUUUUGGAGAUUACUAGAAAACUCAGCAUCAAUAAAAUGCAUAAUUAGCGAACCACAAGAAAACUCCUCUCUAGAUAAAUUGAGAAUUACAUUGAACGAUGAUGAUAAAUAUAAACUAGUGUCAAAAUCCUUAGAUAUUGAUGCUAAAAAAAGAUUCAUAUAUGAAUACAAAACGCACAAAGAUUGA